UGUGUAGUGUUUCUCAAUCUUUGAUAUUCGCUCCAGAGAUAUGAAAUAUUUUCAGAUGAUUCAGUUCGUGUUUACAUUUACAUCCCGGCCCCUGGGUGAUCGCUAGAAAAUGAGCGUGUUUAGGAGUAGGCAAUGGUGCAAUGUCGCGUAUAACUGUAGCAUUGCGCAUGGUGUAUGUGGACGAAAAACUGUAUCUCGACGGCACUCAGUUUCUGCUGGUUCAGGAAGCACGGAGGAAGACAGUCGUGAGGAAAAGAACGUGAAAUUAAGUGGUUUUGCAAAAGCAUUCGCGAAGUAUACUUCAGAAGAUUCUCCUGCAGCUCAAGAACAACUUACAUUUCCUGCAUUGUUGAGAAAUUCAAAGUUUAUUGACUUAGGCGAUCCUGUGGGCAAAGUUGUAGAAGGUACCAUAUUUCACGUUGUUGACGAUGAUUUAUACGUAGACUUCGGCUGGAAAUUUCAUUGCGUAUGCCAGCGUCCACCAAGGAAUGGGAGUGAUUAUGUUCGGGGAGCCAGAGUGCGAAUUCGAAUUAAGGACUUGGAGUUAUCAAGUAAAUUUUUAGGAUCGUCUCGUGACUUGACACUGCUUGAAGCAGAUGCAACAUUAAUGGGAAUUAUAUCAUCACCAGCUAGAACUUCAGUGAAAUAGUGAUAUUAGAAUUUGUGCUACCUUUCGUGUGACAAAAAUUGUUACAAUUUUGUAAAUAUGCGAUGUUUUCCAUUUAGUUUAGAUGAACUCUCUCGCACUUUCUCUAAGUUGAAUUUUGUGUGUGGGCGUGUGUGUGUGUGUGGGGGGG